AUGGAGAAUACUAAUGACACCUCUCAAGAUGUCAUCAAUUUCACACAGAAUGAAGUUCUGAUUAAUAUGCCACAGAACUCCAUGGAAGUACAAGUUAUAACAAUUGUUCUCGCACUUCUAAUAUGCGGAGUUGGGAUAGCAGGGAAUAUAAUGGUGGUGUUGGUUGUGCUGCGCACCAAACACAUGAUGACCCCUACUAACUGUUAUCUUGUCAGUCUGGCUGUUGCGGACCUUGUGGUCCUUCUAGCGGCAGGUUUACCUAAUAUUUCAGAAGUAGUCGACUCUUGGAUAUACGGCUACGCUGGGUGCCUUUGCAUCACAUACCUGCAAUACCUGGGUAUCAAUGUAUCAUCCUGCUCCAUCACAGCCUUCACCAUUGAGCGCUACAUUGCUAUCUGCCACUCCAUCAAGGCGCAAUUUAUUUGCACUGUGUCUCGGGCGAAGAGGAUCAUUUCUUUUGUGUGGAUUUUCACCUCGCUUUACUGCAUGAUGUGGUUGUUUUUAGUGGACACGAACGAAACUGUCUAUGCCGAUGGGGUGUUGGUCAGCUGUGGCUACCGUGUCUCAAGAAACCUCUACAUGCCAAUUUACUUUCUAGACUUAUCUUUGUUUUAUGUCCUCCCUCUGAUUGUGGCUGUUGUGCUGUACGGUCUCAUCGCAAGGAUUUUAUUAAUGAGCCCCUUGCCAACCAAUCUCAACGGCAAUAGUGAAGGUUCUAUACACCAGGGACGCUCCAGCAGCACAGUCAAGGUGUUGGGCAAAACAAACAAGGGUGCAGUGACGUCAAGAAAACAGGUUACUAAGAUGCUUGCAGUGGUGGUGAUUAUUUUCUCCCUGCUCUGGAUGCCAUACCGGACGCUGGUGGUGGUAAACUCUUUCAUGGACCCCCCCUACCUAAACACAUGGUUCCUGCUCUUCUGCCGCUUAUGCAUCUACACCAACAGUGCCAUCAACCCUAUCAUUUACAACCUGAUGUCUCAGAAGUUCCGUGCCUCCUUCAAAAAGCUUUGCAAGGGCAAAGGACUAGACCCAGAGAAGGUUACCAAGUACAAUGUGCCAGUGUAUUACAGUGUCAUGAAGGACUCUUCCCGUGAGAGCCCUGAGCAGACAGAGCAGGAGGAUGUCAGCAGCUAUGGGGAAACUGGUGGUAAGAGGAUCAACUUCACAGAUAAGUGUGGGAACACCGGCACUAUGUUCAGCGUUGCCUGAUAGACGGACAAAAUAGAAAUAAGUUAUUUGUGUAAAGUGUGGUUUUAUAAAGUGAAUGUGAUGUAAUUAUUUUUGCCAUGUGUCAAAAGUCAGUAGGCUGCUAGUGCUUUUUCUUUUUACAUAUACUUUUUUGUAGUUUACUUGUAUUUACUGUUGGAAUAUAUUGUGCAAUCUUAUAGCACAGCCCAAACCUCAGAAUCUCUAAUUAAAAACCCAUUACCUGCUUGUUAAAAGACAUUAAGUCACCCAAACAAUCUUAAAGAUUGGCUGUAGAACUCCUUGAUUGUUCCUUGGAGACUAUCCUGGGUUUAAUCUUUGCAUUUAUCAGAAACACUUCAAUACUACAUUGUUUCAACUCAUUCUUACUCAGUAACUGCUUCCACUAUUUAAAAAUGUGUUGGCCCAAACUUAGCUCCAACUUGAGAAAACGUAGGCAAAAAUUCUGUCAACUAGAAAUUAUUGUUAGGUCAUCUUACCUAAAAAAAAAUGCUGUGGAACUAGUUGUGACAAACAAACAGAGCUUUUAACGUACAAUGUUUUAAACUUACAUAUUUUACAUUGUGAUAUACAUGAUCACAUUGUGCAUGUUCAUUUAUGCUGUAAUUUAUAUUCAACAUGGGAUUUGAACUCAUAACAUCUUGCUUCACAGCAUUCUUAUCUUCCUACUAUGUAGUCACAACCAUGUCUGUGUCAAUGACGGAUUUCACCUCUAUUGCUACACUUUGCAAUUCAAAGUAAAUCUCAAUUCUGUGUACUUUUAAGUACACUCAAGGAAAACUAUUGUAUUUAUCAUAGUGAUUAAGGAGUAGCAAUAAAACAGAGUAAUAUCCCUCACCAGCAUAAGACAACUAUACAGAAAAAAACUAAAAUUGCUGAAAUAAGACAAUCAAACCAACGAUGAGAGAAUAGUCAGAUAAACGGAUCAUUUGCACAGACUUGGUGGUAUAAGAGGAAGAUCGGAAUGCCAUGAACCAAGAGUUUGCUUGUGAGUUCAAAUCCCAGGUGAGGACAUGUUGAAUAAGAAUUACUGUAUCAAUGAACAUGCACAAUGACAUCAUGUAUGUCAAAGUGUAUCAAAUAUGUAAGUUGAAAACAUUGUAUGUUAAAUGCACUGUGUGGUGUGUGUGUGUGUGUGUGUAACUAGUUCCACAGUCAUUUUUAGGUAAGGCGAUACGGUCCGGUACGGCGUCUCCGCUAAAUAAAUAGUGGGGGCACACCUUAAUGGUCAAAUAUGUGCCUAUCACAAUAAUUAAAACAAAAUGUCAAGAAAACUGUAAGCUAUUACACCAUUAUUUUUCAUUACCACAUGUCAGAGGCAUGAAAAAUGAGCGAAUGGACUUGAAAACUGGUGGUAUAGCAGCCUGCACUCGAAAAUGUGAUGUGAAUAAUGAGCGAAUGGACUUGAAAACUGGUGGUAUAGCAUCCUGCACUCGAAAAUGUGAUGUGAAUAAUAAGUGAAUGGACUUGAUAACUGGUGGUUUAGAAGAAGCAUGCACUCCAAAUUGCGUUGAGUAGAGUGGCCGAAACUGAGACCUGCGCAGACAGCAGUGGCACAUCAAUUCUGGCCUAAUGACAAUCGCCAUCACAUUUUUUGGUGUUUGGUCUCUUUCUAUUCACCACUGUUUGGAGGCUGGAAAUAUGUUGCGAGUGGAUGAACGUGCACUGGUAGCCUAGUAAAGGAGCCGUUUACAGUGACUGUUUGAGAAUCAGAGGAAAACAUUAUGACUGGUUGUAUUGAUGCCUUUAAUAAAAUGUAAUACAUUUUAAAAAUUAAAAUGAUACAUCUUUAUUUCUAGGCCCACACAGAGCCUAUUGAAUUAAUAGGGAUUCUAUAGUGUCAUCAGAAAGUACAAAUACCCCCUGAUUUAUUCCACAUGUUGUUGUGUUACAUGCAGACUGAAUUAAAAAUGUAUUACAUUUUUGAUUUUGUUUCUCUCACCCAUAUACACAAAUACCCCAUAAUUACAAAGUGAAAACAUGUUUUUAGAGAUUGUUGCACAUUCCUUGAAAAUGAAAUACAGAAAUAUCUCAUUUCCAUAAGCAUUCACACCCCUGAGUGUGAUAAGUACAUGAUAAGUACUUUAUUUGUAAAUAAAGUGCAUUCAAAAUGAAAUAUGAGACCCUACAGUUAAAAUUAACUACAGUAUACAAGUAAUACAAUGUUAGAAUCACCUUAUGCAGUGAGUACAGCUGUGAGUCUUUCUGGGUACGUCUAAGAGCUUUGCACACCUGGAUUGGACAAUAUUUGCACAUUAUUCUUAAAAUAAUUCUUCGAGCUCUGUCAAGGUGGUUGUUGAUCAUUGCUAGACAGCCAUUUACAAGUCUUCCAAUAGAUUUUCAAUCCGAUUUAAGUCAAAACUGUAACUAGGCCACUCAGGAACAAUUAAUGUCAUCUUGGUAAGCAACUCCAUUUUAUA